AUGACGAUGGAACUCGCGCACCGCGACGCGCUCGAGCGAGACGUCCGACGUCGCAUCGCCGCGCUCUUCGAGAAUCACGACCCUCGAGCGCGGGCGGACGCCGAGGCCGAGCUCAGGGCGUUCUCAAAAAGCGACCAAGCGUGGGUGAUCGUCUUGCACAUCUUGGAGAGCGCCGACGCGCGCGCGAUCGAAGCCUUCUUCUGCGCGAGGACGCUCCACGAGUUACUCAGAAGAUGCGUGCACAAGGAGGAAAAGACGCAGGCCUCGCACGCCGCGUUCACGGAGAGCGAGUGGGUACAACUGCGCGAACGAUUGCUCACGCUGACGAAACGCUUCGCACAGAUCGCGUGUUCGGGCGAUUCCAGUGCCGUGGACGCGAAAAGCACCGUGACGAUGCUGACGCUGUCGCUGUCAGCGCUCGGCUGUAAGAUGCCGACCUGGAAAGCAGACAACGUCGUACGAGACAUUAUCGAAGCCUUUACGAGCGAUACAAGCGUCCCUGAUGCGGCAAAACUGUUGUGUCUGUGUUCGUUUUUAGCCGUCGUUCCUCAAGAGGCGACGUCGCGUGAUUUGAGUAUCCAUCCAAUGCGCCGAGAAGAGGUGAUUUCUGGCUUGAAGUCUACUGGCGGCGACGUCAUGAAUUUAUUACAGCAGCUUGCAAACGCCACUGCUGGAGACGCAUCUCUUCAAAAGCAUAUUAUGGACGCGCUCGAGGCAUGGGCGGACAUCGCGGAUGUCACUCGUGCGUUUCCUCGAGUCAUUGUUGAAGGCGCGCUGCACGUCACCUGCUCCGAAGACUGUAGUUCUUCCAUGAAGCAAAGCGCCGCCGGCGCGGCUCGUGCGUCUCUGGAACAGUGUGUUUGGACGACAGAUCGGAGUCUCCGCGAGAUGCUAGCGUCUGCGAUGACUAUGCUGCGCGGUGAAGUCGUCGGAUCUGACAAGUCUGAGGAGACGCGAGUGUUGAUUGCGGACAUCCUGUCGUGUGUUGCGUCUAAGGCGUUGCGCGACCAAAAGGACUCAACGAAGAAUCCACUCGCGACCGGACCGAAUGCGUCAGGGGAUCGAACGUAUCAUAAGUACGCCGAGUUCAAGAGGCUUCAGAGAGAGCAGAAAAAGAACGGAUCAGUGGCGCAGCAGGGCAGACAGAAGACCUCAAUCGCCGUGGACAUCGAUCGAGAGGUAUUGAUGUUCGCCUUGGAUGGUUUAUCGGACGCACUUUCUAUGGGCGUUUCGAUCUCUUCCGCGCUCGAGCCGUGGGGCAAGCUAGCAAAGUCAUUCAUGUCGGAUGAAUUCGUUGAAUCGCUUCGUCCAAUUGCCGCGAGAUGCGUGCACGCAGCCGUUGCAUACGUGCGCUCUGUGCCACGCCAUGAGUUGCAGGAUGAUCAGAAGAAAGAUGAGAUAAGCGAGUGCCUGCGAGACGUCGUCUCGGUCGUGGCCAUUGUAGAUAUUCUGGAUGAUUUCAACGCGCGGUUUAGCUCUGAAAUGCACGCGGCAGAUUGGCGAAUGAUCAACGCGCGUUUAUACGUGCUCCUUGCUCUGGCGAAAUCAUUCAAAUCAAUUCAAGCUGGGUCACAACAGUUAUCCUUCGCGAACUUGAUAAACCAUCUAUGUGCGCUGUUGUCGCACGGCGCAGCAGUCCCAAGGACAGUCAUGGAAUCGACGUGUUGGGUUUUGGCUGGCAUGGCAAGCUCGAUGGCGACAAACCUUGCGGAGUCGUCACUACUUCACGUCGCGCAUACGCUAGUUCAGUGCAUGAGGUGCCCUGAGCACACUGUCGCGCGCGGUGCAGCGGUAGCAUUAAUGCGUCUUUCCGAACAAAGCACCGCUACGAAGACGCUGAGUUCCACAGAUGUCCCCACUAUGCUUGCUGAAAUACACCGCAGCGGCGGACCAACGCCGUCGCCGUCGACUUCGUUGGAACUCGGACAAGAGAGGGAGUCGACAAUUCUUCUUCGUUGUCUCACAUUUUAUACCGCUUGCGAUACGCAAGAAGCUACGGAAAACGCGUGUUCUAUGUUGGCGGAGCCUGUCGUUGGAGCAUUGAAUUCGUGCUUGAGCGACGCGUCGAAAUCCAGCGACGAGUACGUUCAGCGUUUGGUAGAUCUAGACAUCGUUCUCCGGGCAAUCAAAAGAGCGUACGGGCACAUGAAUAAUGCUUUGAGCACAAGUAUGGCCCGUUUGGUGGUUGGCGCAGUCGAUGCCGUCGAGCGAACGACUUUGAUUCUGAUUGAUCCACAAAUGAUAGAACAGCGCUUCAAAAUUGGUUGGGUAAUGAAGGCUCUCGUGGAACUUUCUAACAACGUUGAGGGGUUGUUGGAGACGACCUUGCGGCUGUGUGUCGAAGCGUACAGCCGAAGUCCAUCGACUCUUGGUGCGUGCUACUUGGAUGCGCUUACGCUCGUAUUAGAACUUUACGGUGACCGAGGCUGUGCCAUUGUGAUUCACGGUGAUCAGGCACGGUUUGCUUCAGUCGGACACGUGAUUUGUGAGCUGUUGGCAAGCGCGUUGCCCACCUCGCUGCAGGAUCCCGAUGCGUGGAUCAGUUUAUACGCGCUCGCUCGAGCGGCGGUGAGGAGUGGGUGCAUCGCUCUGAUACCGCACGUGCAAACGAUGAUGCGCGUGUGCAAAGAAUCCCUGCACAGCGUCUCCGACGAAUCCGCGGUGGCUGCGCUCUUACUCGCGACGGAUUUGUUGCGUUCGCCAGUGAUGCUUGACGCACACGCUUCUACCUCAGUGAACCUCGAGAAAUCGCGGAACGCGAUGAACUCUGGCAUGGGAAGGGUUGCCGCGGAAGUGUCAGGCGAGAGCACGAGGAAACGUGGCGUAUGCGCGUGGAAUUCUGGUGCGCAGUCUCAACUGCUUGUUGCCGCUAUCAUGGCUGAAAUCGAGUCAGGCGCCGGUGCGACACUCGUGCGUGCAAUUUUAGAGGGCGGCAAUGGUGCUCUUGCCCCGAGUAUGAUAUCCGAUAUCGCUGCGGCGCUUCAUCUCGUGUGGAACACUUUCGGAACGGAACGAUUCACGGACAUGUUGGUACGCGCGCUUGGCGACGAACAAGACGCGUUCCCACGCAAAAAGGCGACGCAGGAGGAAAAACUAGCAUGGGUGUCAUUUUUGUUAUCCGACACGUGUUCAAGCGAUUGUCGAGUAUUCAAGCGCAUGUUGAAAGCGUUUUUGAGCGGAAAGAAGGCCGGAUCAAACUAG